CAUCAUCCUGAGGUGAAACAGCGCCCCUCUGCGGUCACACGCGGUACUGCAGGCAAAGUUGGGAGUCACGUAGCUGUUUACGGAAAUAUUUUUACGUCAACACGUGUGGAGGCUUGUAUCCUCCUUCACUGCAGCUCCGCUCGCUACGUGAAUCUCUGCAUGUUCGCAGCUUGGAGGAAGAAACAAGGGGGAGUUCCUCCUUCUCUGCUUCUUGCACAUGUCUUUUCAAACCAGGAUCUAAAAAACAAAACAAAACACCGAGGACUCUCAUCCGGAGCCACCGAGGAUCAGGAGAAGUAUGAGGAGGAGGGCUGAGCUUCUCCUAGACGAUCAGACCCGGAGGAAACUGUGCACAGGACGAGUGAUCUAAGCAAACAUGAUUUUCACGAGGAUCCAGCCCGGAUCCUGCAGAGCAUGGCUGUCCCGGGUUUCACUGAGGCAGGAGCUGUGUUACUCCUCCUCCGUGCCCCCCCAGCCGGUGCCCCCGCUGGCCCACACCUUGCAGGGGUACCUGAGGGCCCUGGAGCCCCUGCUGCCCCCCGAGGAGCUGAGCCACACCCGCAGGAUGGUGCAGGAGUUCGGCCGGCCGGGUGGCCUGGGCGCUCAGCUGCAGGAGGGGCUGGAGAGGAGAGCGAGACACAAGAACUGGAUCUCAGACUGGUGGGUGCAGUGGGCGUACCUGGAGAGCAGACAGCCUCUGCCCGUGCACUCAAACCCGGCUAUCUCUCUGCCCAGGAGAGAUUAUAACGACUGGAGGAGCCAGCUAGUGUUUGCAUCCAAACUUAUAGCCGCAGUUCUGGACUUCAAGGCCAAACUCAAAACCGGCCAGCUGCCAGUGGAGUACAUGCGAGGGAAGCCUCUGUGCAUGGAGCUGUACCCGCUCCUCUUCUCCUCCUGCAGGAUCCCUGGUCCCAAACACGACCACAUCGCCCACUAUGGCCGCUCGCGCCGCUUCCCCACGCACAUCACGGUCGUCAGGAACUACCAGUUCUUCCAGCUGGAGGUUUACAACAGUGACGGCUCUCGACUGACCGAGAGUCAGAUCCACAGCCAGCUGCUGAGGAUUCGGUCUCAGUCCUGGAAGACGGACAAGGAGCCGAUGGGCAUCCUGACCAGCGAGCACCGCCACACCUGGGGACAGGCCUACAACCGCCUGCUGAGAGAUAAACUGAACAAAGAGUCAGUGCGGAUGAUAGAGACGGGACUUUUCUCUUUGUGUCUGGACUCUCCGGUGAUGAGGAUAUCAGAUGAGAAGUACGCCAGCCGCAAAGCAGCUCAGAUCCUGCACGGAGGCGGGACGUUCUCCAACAGUGGAAACCGCUGGUUCGACAAAACGCUGCAGUUCGUUGUGGGCGAGGACGGAUCGUGGGGUCUGCUGUACGAACAGGCCACAGCUGAGGGUCCGCCCAUCGCGACGCUGCUGGAUCACAUCCUGCAGUACUGUGAGAAACCAGACCCGAAGAGAGCGCCGCUGGUCCCUCUGCCGAUGCCUAAGAAGCUUUACUUUCACAUCGACCGGGAAAUCAAGAGGGACAUCGAGCACGCCAAGCAGAACCUCGACAUAUUGAUCAACGACCUCGACGUCAACGUGUUCAACUUCAAGAGGUUCGGUAAGGAGCUUCCCAAGAAGCACAACCUGAGUCCGAACUCCUUCAUCCAGGUGGCCCUGCAGCUCGCCUACUACAGAGUUCACAACGAGGUGUGUCCGGCCUGUGACAUCGCAUCUCAGCGGAUGUUUCGAGGAGGAAGGACGGAAUUUAUUCGCUCGCCAACGAACCAGACGCUGAAGUUCAUUCUGGCCUUCGACGAUCCAACUGUGUCGCGGGAAGCGAAACUACAACUGUUCAGAGAAGCUGUUGAGGCCUACACCGCUCUGACCAAUCUGACUCUUAACGGACUCGGCAUCGAC